UUCUAAAUUUUAACAGACCACUUCUCGAAGAAAAAAAAAAAAGGGGGUAAUAACCCGGGAGUCGCCGCCAAUCCCUUUCGAACCCGCACAGACAAAUAUUUAGGCAUGUAGCAGGCAAUAGAACAGCCCUCGACAUACAUCUAUGAUCUAUCUUAGUCUCCAUUCGUACCUAGGUAGGUAUGCAUGAAAGCACAGAGUGAGCUAGAACAUAUGGGAGGGUUGCCGGCGGCAGAGAAGAGCAAUGGACUGGUGCCAAGAGCGUCAAUAUCACCUUUCCAUUGCUACGUAUCUGGAUUUCCUAGGAGCGUUUCUAGGGGUCUUGGCCUUAGACCGUUCUACAACACGUACCGGUAGCGGACGACGAUGGCGUGGUACUCUUAUGUGUUAUCUCACAAUCAUGGGCAUUUUAUAUCAAACAUUGGGAGGUAUAAAGUAGUAUUGG